UAUAUUUUGGCUUCAAACAGAGGCGACUGCUCCGAGGUCAGACGGCGAUGCUCGCGGGCCAGCGAAUGAAAGAAAACUACAGAGUAGAAGAAAGAAACAAAAAAGGCUAUUCUGAUUCUAUCUCUCGCUUUCCUCUUCCUUUUCAUUUUGCUUCUCCACUUUUCUUUCCCCGCAGGAAUAUAAUCCGGCGUCCGAAAUAGAAAGCCCAAAGCCGCUCUUUCUCUCUCCCUCACAUAAUACAUCUUUCCUCCAUUGUAAGUCGAUCAUGAAAAUCCCCUUUCUUCACUUACCUUUUUGCAUUUGCAUUUCUACUCCUUUUUCUUCAUGCUUUUAAGAAGAAAAGGAAGGUUCUCGUGUGUUUCGCUCUUCCCAUCCAAAUGUUGUGUCCAUGGCUGUUUGCAUCAUUCUGUGAAUUUGUUGAACGAAAUGGUUUACAGGAAACUAUAUGGGGAUGAACUCUUAUGGAACUCAAGCCGAGCUGGUGCUUAGGAGCUUUAUGUUUUCAGAUUUGCACAUGGCUUACAGUUCAGUUAUAUUCGGCAUUGUUAUGUGCAAAAUGGUCUAUAAUCUCAGCCAAGUGAUUAUGGUUUCCUGCUAUAAGGGAUACUCCAACCUCUCAAAACCCCAUCAGAUUGAGUGGAACAACCGUGCAAUAUCUACAGUUCACUCCAUGUUCAUCACAGCAAUGUCACUCUAUAUUGCAUUCUGGUCAAAUGUAUUUUCUGAUUAUGAGCUUUCUGGCCGUAUAACUACCCGAAACUCAACUUUGUCAACGUGUGUACUAGGAGUUUCUGUGGGAUACUUCCUCGUUGAUCUUGGGAUGAUCAUUUGGUUUUAUCCUAAGCUAGGGGGGAUGGAGUAUGUGGCUCAUCACCUUCUUUCCAUGAUAGCUCUAACAUAUGCUAUGUUGACUGGCGAGGGACAGCUUUAUACCUUUAUGGUCUUGAUUUCCGAGGCAACUACUCCAAGCAUCAAUUUGAGAUGGUAUCUUGAUGUUGCUGGAAUGAAGAAAACCAAAGCAUAUCUUAUCAAUGGAGUGGUCAUAUUUUUAGCUUGGAUGCUGGCCAGAAUAAUGUUGUUCAUGUACUUGUUUUAUCACAUCUAUCUCCACUAUGACCAGGUGAAGCAGAUGCACACGUACACGCUCUUCUUGGUUUUCGUUGUGCCAUCUGGCCUAUCCAUCAUGAACCUGAUGUGGUUUGGGAGGAUUAUCUCUGGAUUGAAGAAGACGUUGGCAAAGAGGCAGUAAUCCAGAUCAAGUUAUGCACUCCUACAACGAUGUUCCUGUAACUAACAGUACACACCACUACACCAGAGUAUGCAUGUAUGCUUACAAAGAGCCCCUAGGGGGUCCUAGGACGAUAACCAAUGCAGUUAUGCAGACAUGUUUAUAUAUGCUCUCAGGAAUCUUACCCAAUUCUAUAGCCCCAAACAAAAACACUAAAAACAAAUAUUGAUCUGUUUAGUAGUAUAGAAUACAGGUAUUGCGAAGGGGGUAUGUGGACUGGUGGCCGCAACAAACAAUGGAAGUACAGUAUAAAUUCAUAGAGCUCCACCAUAGUUAUGUAGAUUUCUACCCGUUCUGUCGUGAUCCAGAAAGUUGUGUUGGAAUGUGUGUGUGUUUACGUAGUUACAUGAAGAACCAACCCCAUUGGCAAGCGAUUCUUUUUGUAUGGUUAUACUUGAUGACUCUAGUGAUGGCAGUUAAUACUCUCUCGGCCCUUAAAACUUUGCUAACUUUCCUUUUUAGAUUCCCAAUUUCCCAUUAACUUUGUAACUUUCCCUUUUUAUUAAAGAAUUUAUGGUUCUAGUUAA